UCUGAGAGCCUUCGCAACAUGUUGAGGUGACGGAUACGGGACCGUCGGAGUGCGCGGCCUUUUAAACUAAACCUGAAUAUUAAUUUCUUUGCUCUUUUCGUUCGCAUUCUUUCCACUUCUCAAGUGCCAACAAUUUCAUGAAUCACACACACAAAACGUGGAAUGAAAAAUAUAUUUUAGCACGCAGCUUCUGUUGUUUGUAGUGAUGAUAUUCCAAGGCUUUGCUGCAAAAAUAAUCUAAUAUAAAUAUUUAAUAAUAACCUUUGGUUUGUUUUCGCUGGCCAUGUGUAAUAAAUAAGUUUGCUGAUAUGGAAAUAUUAAGAGCUAGCGGAUAAAAGUGUCACCUUAUCUUAUCUUAUUGUGUGUGCUGAUAGUGGAAAAAACACGUCAUUAAACUUUAAGAGACUAACUAAUAAUUUUUACCCAGAAGUCGCUUGACAGCGCAAAAUGCAAUAAUUUGCAGACUGCCAUUUGAAUCAUCGGAAUAUUCCAUCGGGGCACCAUGGAGAGGCAUGCUUAAGUGCAGCAUUUUUUUCCGAGGAAGUGAGAAAUUGUGCAAGAAGGAUGGCAUCCCUCCACCAGAAGCGUCCCAGCAUAAGUAACUGGUUCUCCUCGCUUCGUCGGCAGCCCAAAAACAAGAAAUGCUCCUCCGGCUUGGGAGGAAGUGAAAGUGUUGUCAGAAAGCAGCCGUUGCAAAGGAGCUGCCUUGACCUAUCCACGACGCCGGUGAGUUGCGACGGUGUAAGUGUGGAGUUAUUUCAAUCGAAAUUCCCUGAAAGUCGGCGAAGCAACAGCACUUUCUAUGUCAACACCCUAAAUGUAUCGUCUGCUGCUUUUAAAGAAAAUUGUUGGCCUCUAGGUGAAAGGGGCAGCCGUAGUGAUAGUAGCCCUAGCAGCGUUUGCGUUCGAUGCUCAUGCAAUUCUAUAACGAAAAGAGGGGGCAGAAAUGAAACCCCUACUAUGGCCACGCCUAAGUCGGACAUUGUGAUCGCGCUGAAACCUCCACCCAAGCCCCGCUCCCCUUCCAUUGCUCCCUACACUAGUGUGGCCACAUAUACUAUCACGAAAUUAGCGCCGGACAGCCCACCUCCCGCCAGCCCCACAUUAAGCACCCAAACCGUAAAUUGCAGCGAUGUAACCACGAAAGUCACAGAGGUACAGCGCCUACCCUGCGAUGAACCCAACACGGAACUCUUAAGCAAGCGAACGGAGUACAAGCACACAACCAUCACAACGACAACAAGAACGUUAAUUGUGUCGCGACCCGUGGAACUGCUUUUAAAUGAAUAUGGCGAAAUAAUCGCAAGGCGAUCCCCCCGCAAAUCGCGCUCUAAUUCCCUGGGUCGCAUGCUUGACGUGGAGAAUGAAAUUGAAACUGGCGGGUUGUUUCUGGAAACGGAUCUUAGUUCGAGAAACAGUUCACCGCUUACACCCGAUAUCGGCGAAAUGCGCUUCAUUGACGACAGCUCCAACUCACAAAGUGAGUCCGAGCGGAACUCUAACAUACACAAAAUCAACAAAUGUAAUUCAAAUAAUAAUAACAACGACAGCAAGCGAGAGAGCCAGCAAUCGAAUUUGUGCGAGAGUUGCCGCAUGCUUCUCGAGCGAAAUGACAUCAAUACUGAACAGAGUGACAAUAUAGUCAUCCUCAGGCGACCAUCAAAGCAAAUUAAAGAUGAGUUGUGCGAGGUUGUAUCAGAAAUGGAGGCGCUGGAUGUGCCCGAAGACUGCAAGCAUUCCAAUAAAGAUAAACAGAUGUCCAUUGGCCGUAAAAAGUUUAACAUGGACCCAAAAAAAGGCAUUGAGUAUCUCGUUGAAAACAGGCUGCUACGUCAUGAUCCCCAGGACGUUGCCCACUUUCUCUAUAAGGGAGAGGGACUGAAUAAAACAGCCAUUGGCGAUUACCUCGGCGAAAAAAACGAUUUUAAUGAAGAUGUGCUCAAGGCUUUUGUGGCGCUUCACGAUUUCACCAAUCUUAUUCUAGUACAAGCCCUAAGACAAUUUCUGUGGUCGUUUCGCCUGCCCGGCGAGGCACAAAAGAUCGAUCGCAUGAUGGAGACCUUCGCACAGCGCUACUGUCAACUAAAUCCAGAUAUAUUCACCAACACGGACACAUGCUAUGUGCUCAGCUUCGCAAUUAUAAUGCUAAAUACCUCACUACACAAUCCAUCUGUUAAAGACAAACCCACCGUUGAUCAAUUCAUAUCGAUGAAUCGUGGCAUCAACAACGGCGGAGAUUUGCCCCGUGGCCUGCUGGAAUCCCUUUACGAAUCAAUUCGAACAGAGCCAUUUAAAAUACCACAGGAUGAUGGCAAUGAUUUGAUGCACACCUUCUUCAAUCCCGACAAGGAGGGCUGGCUGUGGAAGCAAGGCGGCAGAUACAAAUCGUGGAAACGACGUUGGUUUAUUUUGAACGACAAUUGCUUAUACUAUUUUGAAUACACAACGGAUAAGGAACCACGCGGCAUUAUACCGCUGGAGAAUAUAUCGGUGCGCGAGAUUCACGAUCGCAGCAAACCGCACUGCUUUGAGCUGUUUGCGACGGGCGGUGCUGAUAUAAUCAAGGCGUGCAAGACUGACUCUGAGGGCAAAGUGGUAGAGGGCAAGCAUACGGUGUACCGCAUGUCCGCUGCCACGGAGGAAGAUCAACAGGAGUGGAUCAAGCGUUUGACGCAGUCCAUCAGCCAUAAUCCGUUUUAUGACAUCCUGGUACAAAGAAAAAAAAAGGCACUCAGCAAGAGUUAA